AUACCGGAAGAAUGAUUCAUUUGAUUAUUGUUUAAAAUUGAAAAAUUUUUCCUCUCUCUUUCUUGUGAUAUUGAUUUCGAUCUAAAUUCUUGUAUAAGUAAUCAAGAAACCGAAAAAAAAUGGGAGCACAAGGAUCGAAAAAUGAACAUAACCAUCCUAAUAAUCAUCAUCAACAACAUCAUCAUCAUCAUCAAUCACAUAAUCAUCAUCAUCAUCAAAUAUUUCAACAACAUCCAUUAUCAUUUCAACAUCAUCAUCAUCCUGGGCUUUUAUUACAACAAUCGCAGCAACAACAACAACAACAAAUUAGUCCUAAUCAAUUACAAUUUCAUCAACAACAAUUACAAUUACAGCAAUCAAAUUUUAUCGAUCCACAACAACAAUUGAUUAUAUCGGGACAAUUUGUCGCAGGUGUUUUACCAUCAUCAUCAUCAUCAGUGAAUAAUAAUGGUAUUAUUAUUGGCAGUGGUGGUGGUGGAGGUAUAUCACCAUCACAUCAUUCAUCAUCAACAGCAACAACAUCAUCAUCAAUACCAUCAUCAUCUAGUCCAUUUACAGUGACAACAUCGACAUCAUUUACACCACAACAACAACAAAAUCUAUUAGGUCAUCUUGAUUCAAUACAAUCACAAUUGGCUGCUGUACAACAACAACAACAACAACAACAGAAUAAUAAUAACUGCCAACGAUCUUCGGUUGCACAAAAAUCAAAUCAUCAUCAAAAAUCACGGCAGCAGCAAUUAUUUGCAUUUGAUCCAACAAAUGAACAAUCAUUUUUAUCAUCACGUCCAUUACCUGAAGUGCCACAACAACAACAUCAUCAUCAACAUCAACAAAGUCUAGAUUCAAAUGCCAGCCAAGAUAAUAAUAACGAUUGUUGUUUAUUUGAACAACGUUUUGGUCUUUCUAUUUCGCAAGAAAAUCUUCUUCAAAUCGAACAACAACAACAACAAUUGAUUGGACCGCCACCACCACCACCAGAUUCUCAACAGCAUCUACCGAAUGGACAAAUGUUUGUUGCACUUUAUGAUUUUCAAAGUGGUGGUGAAAAUCAACUAUCGUUUCGUAAAGGUGAUCAAAUGAAAAUUGUUUCCUGUAAUCAAAGUGGCCAAUGGUGUGAAGCGAUCUCAUUCAAUAAUCAAGUUGGUUGGAUACCACAAGCCUAUAUAACACCUAUAUGUUUGGAUCAGCAUAAAUGGUAUCAUGGAAAUAUAUCCCGUUCGGAUGCCGAACAAUUAUUGUCAUGCGGCAUUAAUGGUUCGUUUUUGGUACGAGAAUCAGAAUCAUCACCUGGCCAACGAACCAUUUCAUUGCGAUAUGAUGGACGUGUUUAUCAUUAUCAUAUUAAACAAGAUCAAGAUCUUCGUUAUUAUGUUAGGCCUGAAUGUAAAUUUAUUACGAUUGCCGAACUUGUUCAUCAUCAUUCAAAUCAACAAGAUGGAUUGAUCACAAUGUUAUUAUAUCCGGCAACUAAACAAUCAUCGGGCUAUUGGUCAGCAAUAAAUGAAAAUGCUGAUGAAUGGGAAAUCAAUAGAACCGAUAUAAUUAUGAAACAGAAACUUGGUGGCGGACAAUAUGGUGAUGUUUAUGAAGCACGAUGGCGAAAAUAUAAUAUGACAGUAGCAGUGAAAACAUUGAAAGAAGAUACAAUGGCUGUAAAAGAUUUUCUUGAGGAAGCAUCAAUUAUGAAAGAGAUGCGACAUCCAAAUCUAGUUCAAUUAAUUGGUGUUUGUACAUUAGAGCCACCAUUUUACAUUAUUACGGAAUUUAUGCCAUAUGGAAAUCUACUUGAUUAUCUUCGUAAUAAUGAUCGUGAACAAAUGUCGGCAGUUAUUUUGUUAUAUUUUGCCACACAAAUAGCCAAUGGAAUGUCUUAUUUAGAAUCUAGAAAUUUUAUUCAUCGUGAUCUAGCUGCUCGAAAUUGUUUGGUUGGUGAAGAUUAUCAAGUAAAAGUAGCCGAUUUCGGAUUAGCUCGAUUAAUGGGUGAUGAUACAUAUACGGCUCGUGCUGGUGCCAAAUUUCCAAUUAAAUGGACGGCACCCGAAGGAUUGGCUUAUAAUAAAUUUACGACCAAAAGUGAUGUAUGGGCAUUUGGCGUUCUCCUUUGGGAAAUUGCCACCUAUGGUAUGGCACCAUAUCCUGGAAUCGAAUUAAGUGAUGUUUAUCAUAAACUUGAAAAUGGAUAUCGAAUGCAAUGCCCAGAUGGCUGUCCACAGCCAAUUUAUGAUCUCAUGAAAAAAUGUUGGAAUUGGGAACCGACACACCGACCUACGUUUGAAUAUUUAUAUCGGACAUUAUUUGCAAUGUAUCAAACAUGUGCCAGUGGAUAUUCAUUGGAGGAAUUCAUUUCAUCCGAUCAAUUUACUGAUCCUCAACAACUUCAAUCAAACAAUGAUGGUAGCUCUACAAGCGGUUUUUCCUCUAAUUGUGGCACAGGAACUUCUAAUUUAGUCACUAUAGUUACAAAUCCUGAACAAACUUCACCAAGUCAAAAUCAAGUUCCAUAUAAAAAACUUUCGGGAAGCUCACCAAAUAUUGCUGGUCAUUUAUCUAUAGCUUCUACUGGCAAUAAUAUUGUUGAUGAUAAUUCAUCAUCAUCUCGUGAUCCAAUAUGGCCUUCAAGCUUUUGCCCAACAAACAAUCCAUCGGCUAAAACAACAGCCAAAGUAAAUCUGAGGCAACGUAAUAACCAUAGCGAACAACAACAGCAACCACGAAUGCAUCCAAAUUUGCUCAAAGUAAAACAAGCGCCAACACCACCGAAAAGAACUAGUUCAUUUCGUGAUUCAACAUAUCAGGAUAAACAACCAGGUGAUGAGGAUAUACUUAAAGGUGCUGAACAAACGAUGAAUGAUAUUGAAAAAGUUUUUGAAAGUCUUAGCUCAAUUGAAAAAAAUAUGGCCGAUUUUGCUGCACAACAAUCGGUUGCGCUUGAUGAUAACAAUUCUGCCUAUAUGUACAAUUCGGACACAGAUCAGCAACGUAAUUAUAAUUCAAAUACAAUAUCAUCAACAUCAUCUACUCGAUCUAGUACGACGAAUAAUAAUGUUCAAUUGACAACAACGAAUAAAAAUAUUCAACAACAAGCAAUGAUGAUAGCAAACACGAAAACAAAAUCAUCUCGAACAAAAUCUAGUGUCAAACAUAAUAAAAAUAAUAAAUUAAAUUUCGAUCGUCAUCCUGUCAUUGAUUCAUAUGAACAAGAACAACAACAACAACAAAUGAUUAAUUUGAAAUCUAGUAAAAAAUCCGAUAUUGAUAUGAAACGUGCCAUUAAUCGUUAUGGAACAAUACCGAAAGGUACCCAGAUUAAUGCCUUUUUGGAUUCAUUACGGCCACAAAACGAGAUGUUGGAUACCAAUUUUCAGAGCAAUAAUAAUAAUUCGGAUAAUUUUCUCAUCAACAGUCCAACAUCAUCGUCUACAGUUGAUUGUCUAAACUUGGAUAUUCAUCAUUUGCAUGAUUCUUCUGAUAAUAUUCUUACAUUACAACAUGCAGCACCGAUUAAAUCACCGCAACAAAAUUAUCCGAAAAUUACUACAUUUUCCAAAGAUACCAAUAACGUAUCGAUAUUGGAAGAUAUUUCGAAUAGCAAUCAAAUGUCGGCCAAACCUAAUCAGCAUUUCAAUUUUACUAGACAAAAAUCUGAUCUAACACACUCGAAAACAAUCGAAAAUGUUAAUUUCAACUUUAAAAACUCUAAAGCUAGACAAUUACGAAACGGCAACAAAAAUCAUCUGCAAUUAUUAAAAUCAGUUGCAUCGCCUAGAUUGCCAUUAAAAUCGUCCAAUUUUGAUCAGAUUGACAGUGCUAAUGUUGACGAUCAAAUAUUACCAUCUUUUCAUCAGAUUACACCACCACCUCCAAUCGGCGAUAUUGAAUUGAAAUCGCCUACUAAUCCUACUCCGAAAAUUUUGAGUAAAAGUGAAUCCUUUGAUUUUGUUUCAUUUAAACCAUCUUCUUCAAACAUAGAACCAUUAAAUAAUUUAAUGACUUUGGAUGAAAUUAUUAAUCCUGAAGAUUUUCCACCUCCACCAACAACAUCUGAUCUUAAUAGUGUUGACUUUAAUAGCGAUAACACUUUUGAGCAAAAUACAAAAGUAACCAAGAAAUCAUCGAAAGAUAAAUCAACAAUUAAACAUCAAGAUUUACCCAAAGAAAAUGAUGAAGUUCGUUUAGCAACUAAAGCAACAUCCAAACGAUCGACUGAUACAAAUUCCGUUUCAAAAAUUCCUAUUCAAAAUUCCGCAUUUAUAAAUGAACUGAACGAAAGUUUCCGUUUGAAAACACAAAAAUCCAACAAUAUCAAUAAUAAUAAGGACCAAGCAACUACUGCCAAAGUAGCCAAUACGACCAAAACUGCAUCAUUCCUGUUCAAACGAAGUUCAAAACCGGAACCAAGUUGUCCGGCACCGGCCAUUCCAAUAUUUUCAAAUCUUUCACAAUCAAAAUUUUAUACUAAAAAUUCGACCAAUAACAAUGAUACGGCUAUGGAUAAUAAUAGUAAUGCAGCUGCAGCCGUCGAUGCUGAAUAUGUUACACCCGUUUUGAAAAAAGUUCCAUUAAAACCAUUUCAAUCGAUACGACAACAACAGGAAUCAACAGCUAAUGAUGAUAAUCAUCAACAAACUACAGCAUCAUCAUCAUCAUCUACUAAGCCAGCAAAAACAUCAAAAGCUUCAAAAUUGGCUUCAUUUUUCAAUAGCGGUUCAAAUGCAAAAAAUCAAAAACAUUUAAAACCAUCCGACGAACAAAAAAUGAAAUGUGAAAAAACUACAAAUGAUACUGUAGAUAUGAUGGAUCCAUCAUCAAUAAUGAGUAAAUCAAUCAUUUCACAAUCCGGAUAUGAUGCCGAUGAUGAUGAUGAAAUAACCAAACGUAAUAGUGGUGUUUCAAAUUAUAAAAAAUUUUGGGAACUUCAUUCAUCCAUUACAGCUAAUAAUAAUAAUAAUACAGGCGGAGAAACAUCAGAUUCAGGCAUUGGUUCAAUUUCUAAAAGUAAUGAUUCAGUAAUCUCGACAAGUUCUAUAAAUUCAUCUACAGUGGCUGCAUCGAUUCAAUCAAAUAAAAAUAUAUCAUCCAAUUCAGCUAUGUCUAGUCCUAAAUUGAAAACACGUGGCAAUUCUAAAGUGACAAGUAAUAAAAUGACUAUUUCCUCUGAUAUGAGUGAACAACAACAACAAACGAAAAGUUCACCGACAGCUACAAAAUCUCAAAUUCCAACACGAAAAUCUUUGCUGAAAAGCUCUAAUGACUCAUCAUCAUCCAAUCUUAACAACAACAAAUUGACCAACAAUUUUAAUGUUGUAUUAAAGCCUGUAUCGGAUUCGACCAAUUCAACUAAAUCGAAAAAAACUAUCACAUCAGAAUCGAUUGGUAAUAAUAUUGAUGAUUCUACAAUUGGUUCGGAUCGAGAAUCGAUAAUUGAUUGUUCAAAACAGAUUGAAUCGAUGCUUGACGAACAGAUAAAACAGAAUACUUCACAAACGGAGAGAAAAAAUUUAAAUGUCGAUACAAAGAAUAAUGCUGACACGGCAUCAUUAUCCAAUAUAAGUCCAUCAAGAAUGUCGAACAAUUUGAAACGUGUAUGUGAUAAAGUUCUUGUAUUUCGUAAAUCAUGUUUAUCAUAUGCUGAACAUUCAUUAUUACCACAACAACGAUUUCGUUUUCGUGAAUUAUUGACCAAAUUGGAAAAAAGUAAUGAAUCAUUACGUGCUAUUGGUAUCAAUGAAAACUCUAUGGAACAAUUGAAUGAAUUGCGAUCGAAUCUGCGAGAUAUUGUCGUUUUUGUUCAAAAAUAAUCGAUUGAUUCCAAAUUAAAGCAAUGACAAUGACAAGUGCCAUAAUGUGAUUCUAAAAAUGAAGAAAUCUCUCAAUUCUCAACUGUCAUCUUGUCAUUUUUCUUUCCUAAUCUGUUCUAUGAAUCACUUUUCUUUUUCUUGAUAUAUGAAUUAUUGAUUGAUUAUAUACUCAAAACAAACACACAGAUCAAAUGAUAUAUGAUCCAAAUGACAAACC